AUGUCAACGGUAAAACCCCCCCGAGAGUUCAAGUUUGUCGGCGCAUUCAGUCGCAAGAGAAGACGUCGCGAUGGGACAGCGCCUGGAUCGAUUGACUUCGUCGGACCGACAACACGAUCGAAGCAAGCGGCGACGAAACCGCAGAGUGAAGCUGUUGCUGCUGAGCCUGCGACGCCACCAAAGUCGGCGGAUGGUAAUAGCGAGGGUCGAGAUAAGAGUGCCGAUAACACUACGCCCCCAGCGGUGGAAGCGACAGAGACAGGGGCGGAGGCGCGGGCUCCUCUUGCGGCGACGCCAGUGAUUCCUCACGAGAAUGCCAAUCCGUUUGAUCACGAUAUGAUGAUGGGGGAGGGGAUGAACAGCGGGAGUGAUAUCGACUGGACAUAUUCAAGUCUUAUGAACCCCUUCAUCGAUACAGGGCCCUCGUUCAUGGCCCCUUUUGACCAGGUCAAUGGCCAACUGCCCAUUUAUUUCGGCCCCGACAUUCCUCUCAUUCAGCUCGGAGACUCAUCAUCUACCGACAACUCGCCUGAGAAUCACUUCAUCGGACCUCAGCUACCAAAUGAUUCUGAUGGUACAGCGGGCGACUUUGCUACAAAUGCGCAGUCACAGGCAAUUGAAGAGCCUGUUUUACCAUUGCUCAACUCUCACGCCGCGCCGAGCAACAUCAGCGACACCAUUGCGCAACUACUGACUCGAUAUGACCAAGAAUUCUGCGUCAUGCCUCUCACCCACGACUUUGCCGCCAACCCAUUCCGAUUCGACGCCGAAACUGGUCGAGGCUCACAACUUCUCCUCCAUUGCAUCCUCGCUCUCUCCUACAAACACAUCAAUCGCGAUACAGGUUCUUGCGCUGGAGAGGCCAAAAUGCAUAAGAAGAAAGCUCUCCAGAUGCUCAAGGAUAUGGAAGGCGUGUCGCAGGCGUCGCCGAUCGAAGCGACUUUCUUGGACGCUGUGUUGAUUCUCAUGACACUUGAUUGCGCGACAUCUGCUCAUGGACCUUGGACCUGGUAUCUCAAGCGAGCGCAUAAAAUGAUACAGGCUGCCGAAUUCUGCAACAUGAAGAAAACACCGCGAAUGCAAGCACGUAUAGAGAUGCUAGUCUGGUGGGACGUCACUCUAGCCCUCACAAGCCGUCAAGGAUGCGUCCUCUCCGAAUCCACGAUAAUCAGCCUCUUCAACCACGACAAAACAAGCGACGAGACCUUUUACAGUGUAUCAGGCUGUCCCGAAGCCUUGUUCCGCCACAUGAUCCGCCUCGGAUCUUACGCACGAGAAUUCGAGCUUAUAAGCAACAUGACCUGCGCAAAGUUCGACAUGGAACACGUUCUCAAUGUAGAGAAGGAGAUACGCGAGUGGACUGAUCCUGAGUACGGCGACAUCCCAGACCAACUCGUCUCAGACACUACAGGCUGCGAUAUAGGGGAUGUAGCUCAUUACAAGGAAGAUCUACAUCACUGCGCCGAAGCAUGGAGAUACGGGCUAUUAAUCUACAUCGGCCGCGUGUUCAAGUGGCAGCGCGAUCAACCCGCCCCCUCAAUACUAGGCUUCUUGGCGCGCAAGACGCUCAACCACGUUACGUCUUGCAGAUAUAGUUCCAUGCUGCAGAAACAACUCCUUCUUCCCGUUUUCUUGGCGGGGUGUGAAACAUCGGAUGAGCACUUGAGACAGGCGGCGAGGACGUAUUGUAGCUGGUGGAAUGAACGGACGAGGUAUGAUAUGUUUCUGACUGCGAAUACGCUGCUGGAGGAGGUUUGGGCUGAUGAGGCGGUGGAUUCGUGGUGGGGGUCUAUUAUUGAUCAGAAGAGUCGGUCGAAUGUUAACUCUGGGGAGGGGAGGCAGUAUUUAUUUGGAUGA